AUGGCGGCGGCAGUAGCUGAAGACAAUAGUCUAUACCCAAUCGCAAUUCUCGUGGACGAGCUCAAACAUGAAGACGUUCAGCUGCGUCUUAAUUCAAUCCGUCAGAUCCGUAUCAUUGCGGACGCACUAGGUUUUGAACGUACUCAGAAUGAAUUGCUGCCUUUUAUGAAUGACUCGCUGGAUGAUGAAGACGAAGUGCUGCUGGUGAUGGCUGAAGAGCUUGGAGACUUUGUGGGUGUGGUGGGCGGCCCCACUCACGCUUAUUUGUUACUCAAGCCUUUGGAAUCGCUUGCGACCGUGGACGAAGCCUCUGUUCGUGACAUGGCCGUGCGCUCGAUUUGUAAAGUUGUGGAGGCGAUGGAAUCUGAACACGUCGCUGAGCACUUUGUACCGGUACUGCGGCGACUUGUCACGCGCGACUGGUUCACGUCGCGCAUUGCAUCUUGUAGCCUUUUCCAGGUCGGCUACACGCGUCUUUUAGAUGAUAUUCAGGCCGAGAUGCGUGGUAUGUUUGGUCAGCUCUGCCGUGACGACACACCGAUGGUGCGCAAGGCUGCGUGUGCUGCCCUUGGUGGGUUUGCAUCCGUGAUGGACGGCCCUAGUGCCACCUCUGAGAUGCUGCCGUUAUUCUUAACACUAGCAACGGACCGGCAGGACUCGGUUCGGAUACACACGAUUGGCAACGCGGUGGCGCUGGCACGUCUGGUUCCGGCUGAUGUGCUUCCGACGCAGGUCCUGCCGACCAUUUUUGAGACGGCACGUGAUGGCUCGUGGCGUGUGCGGUGGUCUGUUGCCAAUCGAUUUCCAGAGAUCUGCGAAGCCUUGAAUGCAGAGAUCAUCAACUCAACGUUCUGUGACUCUGCCGUCUUGUUGCUGGAGGAUAACGAAGCUGAGGUGCGCACUGCGGCCACGUCAAAGAUUCUUGGUGUCGUUCGACUUCUGCAGCCUCAACGAAUCGUGGAAAGGAUUGUGCCGUGUUUUCAACGUCUGGCGCGUGAUAUGUCAGACCACGUGCGCUCUGCUUUAGCUUCUGUGGUGAUGAAGGUCGCUCCAUUUUUGGGCCGAGAUCUGACAAUCGAGCACCUACUCCCUCUCUUCCUGCUUUUGCUAAACGAUGAAAACUCAGAAGUGCGUUUGAAUGUUAUCUCGAACCUGGAAGAGGGCAACACGGUGAUUGGAAUUGAGCUGCUAUCCCAGUCGCUCUUGCCUGCGAUUGUGCAUCUUGCGGAAGAUCGCCAGUGGCGUAUUCGUCUAGCGAUUAUAGAAUAUAUUCCGCUGCUGGCUGCUCAGCUGGGACGUGACUACUUUGAAGAGCAGUUGGCGGAGCUGUGCAUGGCGUGGCUGGUGGAUAACGUAUUUUCGAUCCGGGAGGCGGCCACGAUUAACUUGAAAAACUUGACGGAGCACUUUGGAGUGGACUGGGCGCGGACAAGUGUUGUACCACGAAUCGUUGCCAUGCAUUCGAAUGCUAAUUUCUUGCAUCGCCUCACAUCUUUGUACGCGGUGAGGGUACUUGGUGGAGCCAUGACCCCCGAAUCGAUUCAAACUCUUCUAAUUCCUUUGGUUGUGGAGCUGGCACAGGAUCCGGUUCCGAAUAUUCGCUUUAACGCGGCAAAAACACUGGAGGUGCUCAGCUUCAAAGUAGACGCGGACGCGUGCAAGAGUACUAUAGUCCCAUGUUUGACGGCGCAACUACAGGAUAGCGACACUGAUGUUGUCUUCUUUGCACAGCGAGCGCUUUCGACGCUCGACUAG